GAGAGACCAGAUAUAGUGAAUGCAGGGUCUGGGGAGACCAGAUAUAGUGAAUGCAGGAUCCGGGAGACCAGAUAUAGUGAAUGCAGGGUCCGGGGAGACCAGAUAUAGUGAAUGCAGGGUCCGGGGAGACCAGAUAUAGUGAAUGCAGGGUCCGGGGAGACCAGAUAUAGUGAAUGCAGGGUCCGGGGAGACCAGAUAUAGUGAAUGCAGGGGUCCGGGGAGACCGGAUAUAGUGAAUGCAGGGUCCGGGGAGACCAGAUAUAGUGAAUGCAGGGUCCGGGGAGACCAGAUAUAGUGAAUGCA